AUGCAUCCAAAGACUUUGCCCAGUCGCAACUUUUCUGCCAUCCCUCGAACUCAAGAAGAGAAACAGGAAAAGCUGAAGGAAGUUAAUGCUGAAUUUUCCGGAAGACCUCUAUACCUGGAUAAUCAAGCCACAACUCCUCUGGAUCCCAGAGUUCUUGAUGCAAUGCUUCCCUACUUUGUAAAUUACUAUGGAAAUCCACAUUCUCGAACUCAUGCAUAUGGUUGGGAGAGUGAAGCUGCCAUGGAACAUGGUCGGAAGCAAGUAGCUGCUCUAAUUGGUGCAGAUCCCAGAGAGAUCAUAUUCACUUCUGGUGCUACAGAAGCUAACAACAUGUCUGUGAAAGGAAUUGCACAUUUCUACAAGGCCAAGAAGAGACAUCUCAUCACAACACAAACAGAACAUAAAUGUGUCUUGGAUUCUUGUCGAGCUUUGCAGAUGGAGGGGAGACCAAGAGUUCGACUUGAACCUCUGCAAAGUGGAGGUGGACAAGAGCGUGGAGUAAGAAGUGGAACUGUUCCUACACCCCUUGUUGUGGGGCUUGGGACUGCAUGUGAAAUAUCAAUGCAGGAAAUGGACUAUGAUCACAAGCACAUGGAGAAGUUGUCAAAGCUUCUACUUGAUAAGAUCACAGCCAGUGUUUCACAGGUUAUCCGAAAUGGUGAUCCAGAAGAGACCUAUCCAGGCUGCAUCAACCUUUCUUUUGCAUACGUGGAGGGUGAAAGUCUGUUAAUGGCUCUGAAAGAUGUUGCCCUUUCAAGUGGUUCAGCAUGCACAUCAGCUUCUUUAGAACCAUCAUAUGUCCUUCGUGCCAUUGGAACGGAUGAGGAUCUGGCUCAUUCAUCCAUCCGUUUUGGGUUUGGACGUUUCACUACUGAAGAAGAAGUUGAUUACAUUGUUCAACGGAUCAUCAGUGCCAUCAAGCGCCUGAGAGAUAUGAGCCCACUAUGGGAAAUGGUUCAGGAAGGAGUUGAUCUAAAAAAUAUUCAAUGGUCUCAGCACUGA